CACGUUCACGCUGCAAGUGGUGUGCGGCGCCAUCUUCACCAUGACGCACCUGGCGUGCGACACGUUCCUGAUGUCGCUCGUCAUCCACAUCUGCAGCCAGAUAGACGUGCUACGCGCCUCGCUGCAACAGCUGGGCCGGCGCGCCGAACGCGUGGGGGCGGCGGCGGCGGUAGCGGAGGCGGAGCUGUCCGUGGGCCGCCCUGGAGGAGGCGGCGACCGGGACAAAGCCCUCUGUGGCCAGGGCUCCGAGCAGGAGCUGUACGAUGAGCUCGUGGCCUGUAUAAAGCACCACAAGAACAUCAUAGGGUACGUCGACGUGUUGCAGCAGGUGUUGAGUCCCGUGGCGCUGGCCCAGUUCAUGUGCAGCAUGGUCAUCAUAUGCCUAUCAGGCUUUGGCAUAGCGAUUUCUAAUGACUUUGGCGACCUCUGUCGGUACUGUGUAUACUUCACUGGAGCAGCCAUUCAGCUCCUAAUAUUUUGCUGGUAUGGAGAAGUACUGAUCACAAAGAGCGAGCGUGUCAGCGAGGCAGCCAUGGGCUGUGGCUGGACAGAAGUCAGGGGCCGCCACUUCAAGAGCUCUGCCCUGAUCCUCAUGAUCCGCGCUCAGCGACCGCUCGCCCUCACGGGCAGCAAGUUCUACGUCAUCUCGCUCAAGACGUUCGUGCAGCUGCUGAAUGCGUCCUACUCGUUUUUCGCUGUACUCCGGCAGCUGAACGAAUCUGGGCACCGUGAGGAAGAGGGCGCCCUGACAUCGCUUUGAAGAGCACCUCGAUCCCAUUUUCCGCCGCACCGCUGCAGCUACAGAGGGGGAGGUGCUUUACUGCUUCACUGAUCAUGGACCCGCUCUAAUUUCUGACAUUUGUGUAGGAGACUACCAGCGAUCAAUAUACUUUUUGUCCUGUGAUUUUCUAUCUG